AUGGCGCCAGCAGAGAACUGGGCAAUCGCGAUCGGCGUCUUGGGGCUCUGCGGGGUCUUGGGUUUGAGCGUGCGGCUUUCGGCGCUGCGAUGGCUUGUCUCGUGUAAGACUAGCAGACACGGUGCGAUUCGACUUCCAGUAGACGAUGAAUAUGAGCCUGCCUUAGACCAAACGGGGUAUGUUGACGAGGACGGCGAAGCAACAGCGCAAUCACUCGCGGAGUUCAACAAGGCGCAGAAGUGGCAGGGGUGGGCACUUGCCGUGCUGUCGAUAGCUGGGUUCGGGGUUUCGCUGGCCCAGGCGGUGCUUGUUACGUGUGGAAGAGAGAGAGCGCGCCAUUUGGGCUGUGUUUCGUGGGUGCAGAUGGUUGCGUGGAUGGCAAUGACCACCCAACCAAUCUCCCUGCUAUCCGAAAAGUCCUGCGUAAGGCGCUACUCUCUCGGACUCUCCUCAUUCUGGACCUCGCUCCUCACCCUCCUCGUCCUCGCAUCGCAAACGGCCAUCUUUUACAACGCCGGACACCCCAUCACGAUCUACGCGCCAGGUACAGCCCUCCUCUCCACGCAACUCGCCCUAUCGACCCUCCGCGCAAUCGCAUCCAUACUGAUUCCCCGGAGGCCGAACGUCUACUUCGAAGGCCAAGUCGUCGACCAGGAAUUCACAGUCAGCGCCUACAACCGCUUCACGUACGGCUGGGCCACAACGCUGCUGGACUUCGCGGCGAGACACAAAACACUGGAUAUCGAGGACCUGCCGAAACUGCCGUUCGCCGCGCGUGCCGAAACAGUGCAUUCCAAGUUGCAGGAAGCCCAAAUAGGCCGGAAGCUGUGGGUUGCGUUGGCAAGACGACACGCGCGGGCGUUAAUGCUGCAGGGGGGCUUGAGUCUUGUCGUCUGUGUACUCGGGUUUGGGCCGCAGGUGGCGCUGUAUCGGAUUUUGAAGGCGCUGGAGGGUCGUGUGGUGGAGAGCGAUGCUAUGGCUAUGGCUACGGGCGCGGGGGCUUGGGUGUGGGUUUGUGCGCUGGGGGUGUUGCUGGCGCUCUCGUCGAGCAUUGAGUCGUGGCUUUGGUGGCUGAUUUAUUCGGAUCUGUGGGUGCCGAUUUAUGAGGGGCUGUCUGGGCUUGUGUUUGCGAAGGCGAUGAGGGGGAAGGAUGUUCGAGCGCCGAGGACGAGGGCGAGAGCUCAUGGGCGGGAUGAUGGGGGGUGGGAGGGAGAGCAUAGUGGUGAUGAUGAUGGAGAGGAGCGCAACCGGCAGAGCAUCAUCAACCUUGCUGCCGUGGACGCAAAGCGCAUUGCCGACUUCGUUACAUUCAGUUAUCUCAUCCCAUCCUGCGUCUUACGGUUGGCCAUCGCAGGGGGCUUCCUGGUCCGACUGAUCGGGUGGCCGAGUCUGCUUGCUGGGAUUGGCGGCGCAGUGCUGCUGGCUCCAUUCAACUCAUGGCUGACGAGUCGAUAUGCCGUCACGCAAGAGGAGCUCAUGAAAGCCAGCGACAAGCGGACGAGUGCCGUCACCGAAGUCCUCCAGGGGAUCAGGCAGGUCAAGUUCGGGGCGCUGGAGCAGCAAUGGCAGGACCGCAUCAUGGAGAAGCGCGAGGCGGAGCUGAGGCUGCUCUGGCGGACGUCGGUGUAUACCACAGGCAUGGUCUCGGUCUGGAUCAUGGGGCCGCUGUUACUGUCCGCCAUCUCCCUGACGGUCUACGCCUUGACGGAAGGAGAUCUCUCGCCAUCGGUGGCAUUCACAGCGCUGAGUAUCUUUGCCUCGCUGGAGUCGUCGCUAGCCAGCCUGCCCGAUCUCUUCUCUAAGGCUAUGGAGGCCAAGGUCAGCGCCGAUCGAAUCGACACCUUUCUCUCCUCCGCAGAGAAGAUCUCGAAUACCGCAAACGUAGAAAGCAUCACAUUCGAAAACGCAACCGUCGCCUGGCCGUCUGACUCUGACUCCGAAGAGAGCGCCGACAGGUUCGCCCUCCGCCACCUAACCCUCACCUUCCCACCCAACAAACUCUCCGUGAUCGCCGGCAAAACCGGCAGCGGCAAAUCCCUGCUCCUGGCCUCGAUCCUCGGCGAAUGCGACAUCCUAUCCGGGUCCGUGAAAGUCCCCCGCCCGCCAUCCCAACGCCCCGACCACCUCGCGCUCCACGAGAACUGGACAAUCCCCAACGCAAUCGCAUACGUCGCGCAGAACCCCUGGAUGGAGAACGCAAGUAUCAAGGAGAACAUCCUCUUCGGGCUCCCGUAUGACCACCAGCGGUACGGGAAGACGAUCUUCGCGUCGGGGCUGGAGAAGGACAUGGCUAUGCUGCCGGACGGCGAUCUCACGGACAUCGGGGCGAACGGGAUAAACCUUAGCGGAGGGCAGAGGUGGCGGGUUAGUUUUGCGCGUGCGCUGUUCUCGCGAGCCGGGAUUCUGGUGCUGGAUGAUAUCUUUUCGGCGCUGGAUGCGGAGACGGGGCGCCAUGUUUAUGAGCAUGCGUUGACUGGUGAGCUUGGUAAGGGACGGACCAGGAUCCUGGUGACGCACCAUGUUGGGCUGUGUCUUCCGAGGACGGAUUACUGUGUGCUGUUGGAGAAUGGCUGCGUGAGGCAUGCGGGGACGGUCGAUGAGCUUCGUGCAACGGGGCUGAUGGAUCUGGUGGGUAAGGCUGAGGUCGAACCGCUCCUAGAGAUGCCUGCUGCUUGUGCUGGACGGCGUUCGUCUGCGUUUAGUGCCCGGACGAUCCCCAAGUUCAACCAGGAGGAAAAGCGUGAGACGGGGGCGAUCUCGAUGGAGGUGUAUACUGCGUACUUGACCCGCGGUGGGAAGAUUGGGUGGUGGUUGUUCGCCUUUUUGGCAUAUGCCGCUUUCAUGGCGUUGCUUGUAGGCAGGUCGUGGUGGGUAAGCAUCUGGACCUCGACCUCGACUUCCACCCCCGAGGACAAACACCACGACACAACCUUCUACCUAAGCAUCUACAUCGCGAUCUCGCUAGCCGCCUGCCUUAUCGGCACAAUCCGCUGCCUCGCCCUCGCGCACGCCUUCAUCUCCUCCUCCCGCGCCCUCUUCACCGACCUCCUAACCACAAUCCUCCGCGCCCCCCUCCGCUGGCUCGACACCAUCCCUUUAGGCCGCAUCCUCAACCGCUUCACAUCCGACAUCUACCUGCUGGACUGGCGCCUAGGCUACGACAUCGGGCACGUCGCCUACAAAGCCCUCGAACUGCUCGGCAUCCUCUCCGCAGCCAUAACCGUCAGCCCACUCCUCCUCGUCCUGGCCUGCACCCUCCUCGCGCUCGCAACCCGCCUCUGCAAAACCUACCUCUCCGCCGUCCGCGAAAUCAAACGCCUCGAAAGCACAUCCAAGUCCCCCCUCCUCGAAACCUUCUCCUCCAGCCUCUCCGGCCUCUCCACCCUCCGCGCCUUCGCCAAAACCUCCGCCUACAUCGCGCACAUGCACACCCUGCUCUCCCGGCACGCCCAAGCCUCCUGGUACCUGUGGCUCUUCAACAGGUGGCUGGGCUUCUGGAUGGCGCUUGUGGGCGCGCUAUUCAGCACCCUCACCGCCGCGGUGGUCGUGUACAGCCCUGGCAUCUCAGCGGCCGUCGCAGGCUUCGCGCUCAGCUUCGCGCUGCAGUAUAACUACGCCGUGGCCAUGGGGCUGCGGUUCUACGCGAACGUCGAGAUCGAUAUGAAUGCCGCCGAGCGGGUUCUGGAGUACGCGGGGGUCGAGACGGAGGUGCAGAGCGGGUAUGUGCCGGCUGCGUCUUGGCCAAAGGGGGGUAGGAUCGAGGUGCAGGAUUUGGAGGUAUCGUAUGCGUCUGAUCUCGAGCCUGUGCUGAGGGGCGUGAGAUUUAGCGUCGAGAAUAACCAGCGCGUUGGGGUUGUUGGACGGACUGGGGCCGGGAAGAGUUCGCUUACGCUCGCGCUUUUCCGGUUCCUGGAGGCGCGACGCGGGAGGAUUGUGGUUGAUGGGUUGGAUAUCCGGCAUGUGAAGCUGCAGGAGCUGAGGAGGAGGUUGGCGAUUAUACCGCAGGAUCCGGUGUUGUUUUCGGGCACGGUCCGCUCGAAUUUGGAUCCGUUUGGGGAGCAUGAUGAUGCGGAGCUGUGGAAUGCGCUGGAACGGGUGCAUUUGGUGAGAUUUGAGGAUACGAGCACGCUUGCUUCUGCUGCUGCUUCUGCUUCUGCCUCAGGGCCAGGCUCAGGGUGUCAGUCUCCCUCCAAUGGCAGUCAAAGCCCGGCCAGUCCAGCAGAGUCAGAGCCCUUGAGCUUAAGCGCAAGCACAACCCUCACCACGUCCUCCAUCCCGCAGUCGGCUGGUUCGCCAACAUGCUAG